GCCGGCCGGUCGGGUUGUCGUAUAAGAAGAAGAGGGCAGUUACAAUCAAAAGUCAACCAGAACACUUCUUCUUCUUCUUCAAGAGUGGGAAAAGGGUAAAGAGAGGAAGAAAAGAAAAGAAAAGAAAAGAAAGAUGACACUCGACUCGAUCCAGAAACACCUCCAACAUACCACUGCCCAACUCCAUCAACUCAUCAUCAGAGCACAACAACAACAGCAGGACAUCCUCAACAACAAAAAGAAAGCAGUACAAGCACAGUGGCCUCCAGACGAAUGGUUUAAUCAUACCAAAACUGCAAGAACAACAGCUGAUAACCAACCACCACCUCCUCCGAUCACUAACUCACUCUCAUUACCAUCAACUCAAUCAACAACAACAACAACAACAACAACAACAACAACAACAACUCAAUCAACAAACUCAAUCAUCCUCAACGACUCGCCCUGUAACACUCAAUCCAUCUCACCCAAUAUCACACCAAUCAUCAACCAACCAUCAUCAUCACCAAAGAUCACAAAACAGCCUCCUCCUCCUCCUCCUCAGCAAACUGUCACUACUACUACCACUACUUUUAGACCACCGCCUCCUCAUCCUAGUCGUCUCGAUCACUCCAAAUCGAUCGGCGUCAAGGAAACUUUGGAUGCCCAUUCCAGCUUCAGCGAAUUCGGCCAAAAACAGGUUAAUCAAUACCUUAUCAAACAUGAGAUCGGGAGAGGCUCGUUUGGGGCUGUCCAAUUGGCCGAAGACGCCCAAACUGGGCUCUCCUAUGCCAUCAAGGAACUCUCCAAAACUAGGCUCAAGAGGAAAUUCGCUAGGGAGUUGCGGGCCAUCAAUCAUCCCUUCCUCGAGAAUAAUCAUCAUCAUCAACAAACAAAAUAUCAGCAUCAACAACAAAAAGAUGAUGCACUUUUCUUGAUCAGAAACGAGGUCGCCAUCAUGAAAAAAAUCCGCCAUCAAAACCUAGUCCGAUUAUACGAAGUCUUGGACGUCGAAGGCGAAGACAGUUUGUACAUGGUGAUGGAGUAUUGUCCGGGCGGCUCGUUGAUGCGUCUGGUCCAAGAAACCCGGCAACAGAAGUUGGCCCAGUUAGGGCUACUCGACCCUCAUUAUCUGGAAGAGAGGAAAGAAGCGCAGGGCGAGGGGGCUUUGCUGAGUCGUGCUGUCGGGCUCGAUCUCGAUCUGGCGCGGAAAUACUUCAGACAACUCGUCUUGGGCAUCGAUUAUUUGCACCGGAACGAAAUCAUCCACUACGAUAUCAAGCCGGAUAACUUACUACUAUCUUCAGACAAGAAGCAAUUGAAGGUCGUCGAUUUUGGCAUCUCCGCCAUGUUUGUGAAGCCGGGCGACGACAGCACGGUGUCCCGGACCAUCGGCAGUCCGGCCUUCUUGAGUCCCGAGCUCAUCAGGGCCGCCCAAUCUGAUCUCCCCGUCAGUGGGACUGCUGCUGAUAUUUGGGCUAUGGGCGUGACACUUUACUUUAUGCUCACUGGUGCUCUUCCGUUUCCUUCGGAUCAAAUGAUGGCGAUGUAUGAAGCCAUAGAAACAAAAGCGCCGGCGAUUCCGGAUGAGUGGGAUGGACCGUUGAUAGAUCUGAUGAGCAGGAUCUUGGACAAGCAGCCGAGCAGUCGGAUCAAGAUGAGCGAGUUGAGAGAGCAAGAAUGGGUGACCAAUGGCGGCAAAUUGGCGGGCCUAAGUCCCACGAUCAUCCACCCCUCCUCAAGAUCCUCCCUCAAAACAAGUAAUCCCAAUCCUGAUCGUACUCGGAGCCUUAAAGACGAAGAAAAAGAACAUGAUGAAGAUGAUGAUGAAAAAGGAGAUCGGACGACUAAAGUUACGGAGACUGAUCUCAAAGAGUCUUUCAGAUUCGGCUUCACUAAUCGCUGUCCGGUGUUCUCUGAACUGGUCGACAACGCCCUCAAACUCUCCUCGUGGAUCCCGCUUUCCUCUUCCUACUGCUCGCCCUCCUCCUCCUCUUCCUCUUCUACUCAACCCUUACUCGGCCGUCGGAAGGAACUGUUCUUUAAGGAAUUCCAUCGUCAAAUUAGUGAACGAACUAAGACUAAAUUCCAUUCCCAAUCUUAAUCAAGCAGGGAAAUUAAAAAUCUAUACCUUCAAAUGCUCUAUAUAUUAGAUUAAAAAAAUAGUUAAACCAGCUACAUCAAAUCCACCAACCAAGUCAAAACCCCAAAAUAUCCCACUCUCAAUAUUUUCAGACUCAAAGCUCUUACUUCUC